AUGUCUUCCUGUGCGGUGAAGUCCAAAAGUAAGAACCCGUAUGCAGCAGUAAAAGUGGACCCAGACAGUGACUACAUCACACCAGGAACAUUGGACCUGGAACAGCUGUUCUGGGCCGGCAAUGGGGCUCAGUAUGCACAUGUAAACCAGGUCUGGCCCAGAAUCUACAUCGGUGACGAGUGAGUAAAUGCAAAUACAUGGUACUCCAGAGUAAGAGGCAUAAUCAGUGACAGUAACUGUACAUUGAGCCUGUGUGUCGAUGAACAGGAAAACAGCUCUGGAGAGGUCUGGACUGAGGGACCUGGGUAUAACACAUGUCCUCAAUGCAGCAGAAGGAAAGUGGAAUAAUGUUCUCACUGGUGCUGAAUACUACAGUGACAUGAACAUAGACUACUUUGGUGUUGAGGCCGACGACAAACCCACCUUCAACAUCUCCCAGUUCUUUUGUCCUGCAACCCAGUUCAUCCACGAGGGCCUGAGUCAGCCAGAGAGUAAGUCCUGGAAUUUAAUAAAGAUCCUUUCUGAAAAUUUCAGCUCAGUGUUUAAUCAAUCUUUACUUCAUUUCAUCAUAGACAGGGUUCUGGUGCACUGCGUGAUGGGCCGGAGCAGAUCCGCGUCCCUGGUUUUGGCGUACCUGAUGAUGAAACAGAGCUUAACAGUGGUGGAUGCUAUCGAGCAUGUGCGACAGAAGCGCUGCAUCCUGCCCAAUCAUGGCUUCCUGAAACAACUCAGAGCCCUGGACAUCACACUACAAGAGGAGAGGCUCAGAGAAAAAAGACAGAUCAAUGGUACACUGUAG